GUGCAAUCCAUGGCUGACACGGAAGAGGAAAACUUGCAGAGCCAAAUUGAUGAGAUUGAAGCGUUAUCUUCCAUCUAUGGAGAUGAUUGGUGUGUAAUCGAUGAAGCUGCAAGAAUAUUUUGCAUAAAAAUCUCCAACUCACUUGAUAAACCAGAAUGGACGCUUUGCUUGCAGGUAAUUCUACCCCCAGAAUACCCAGCUACCGCACCACCGCUUUAUCAGCUAAAUGCUCCAUGGCUCAGGGGUGAAGAUCGAAUGACAUUAUCAAAUUAUCUUGAAGACAUUUUCCUGCAAAAUCUUGGUGACAGCAUCCUUUAUCAGUGGGUGGAGAAGAUCAGAGAAUUCUUGGUGGAGAAAUCUAAGACUUCUGACUCAGGUCCAACAUUGAAAGUUGCAACAGAAGAAACCGAGGCUGAUGAUGAUGAUGAACUAUUAAAUGACUUGUUUGCUAACGCAGCUGUCAUUGGACAUUUAGAUGCUUUUGAAGACACUGAAAGAGAGGUUCCGGCGAUAGUACAUGGUUUACCAAUAAGUGACAGAAGAAGUACGUUCCAGGCACAUUUAGCUCCAGUGAGAAGCCCUGCUCAGGUGAAACAAGUAUUGAACAAACUUUAUGAAAACAAAAAAAUUGCAAGUGCGACUCACAACAUAUAUUCAUACAGAAUAUACUCCAAAAAGACACACAGCUUUAUUCAAGACUGUGAGGAUGAUGGAGAAACAGCGGCUGGUAAACGUCUUCUACAUCUUAUGCAGAUUUUAGAUGUGAAAGAUGUAAUGGUGGUAGUAUCACGUUGGUACGGAGGCAUUCUUCUCGGACCUGAUCGCUUCAAGCAUAUAAAUAACUGUGCACGAAAUAUACUAGUGGAACAUAACUACUCUUCAUCUGCAGAUGAAUCUUGUAAGCAUGGAAAGAACAAAAGCAAUUCCAAAGAAGGCAAGAAAAGGACGGAACAUUGA